AUGAAGCUCACGCCCGAACUCAUUCAGUCUGUUCCCUCGACACUCAACCCCGUCAAGGAACGCCAGCUCGACCUCCGAGGCUAUAAAAUUCCUGCCAUCGAAAACCUUGGUAUCACAAAGGACCAGCAUGAUGCUAUAGAUUUGACAGAUAACUCAAUUAUCGUCUUGGGCAACAUCCCGCUCCUCCGCCGCAUCCGCACGCUACUCCUGGCCAACAACCGAAUAGCGACCAUCUCACCCUCUCUCCACCUCUCCGUUCCAAACUUGACGACGCUAGUGCUGACUAACAACAACGUCACCGAGCUGGGCGACCUCGAGCCACUCAAGGACCUCAGGAACCUCACGUACCUCUCGCUACUCGGCAACCCCGUGCGGGAAAAGAAAUGGUAUCGCGAAUGGCUUGCAUGGCGCAUACCAAAACUCAGAGUGCUAGACUUCCAGCGGAUCCGCGAUAAGGAACGGCAGUCAGCAAAGACGCUAUUCCUUACAGCGGACAACCUCCCGACACAGCUCGCGACCACACUAUCUACGACGGUCUCGGUACACUCUACCAAAGCGCCCGUCGCGACAGACGAGCCGAAGCCCGCCGCUGCAAAGGCAGGGCGGCUUAUGUCGAAAGAGGAAGCGGAGAAGGUGAAGGAAGCGAUUGCACGGGCGACAUCAAUCGAUGAAAUUAGGAGGCUUGAGCGAAGUCUCAGAGAGGGAUUCUUGCCGGACAUGCAAACGGUUGGUGCAUGA